AUGAGCAAACCACCUCACAACAACAACAAAGCCUCUCCGAUGAAGGAUGGAACCGAUAAUCCUCCGGCGAAGCUGUUGGAUGACACCCCUCCAGGAAAUAGCGGAACUGAUGGUGGUAGUGGAAACCCCCCUCCUCCAGAAACCUUGGAGAGUGGUGAACAGCCAUUGGCUUCCAACAGUACUGAAAAUAAUAUUGACAGGAAGAUGACACCUGAAGAAAAGGCUCAUGCAGAAGAAAGGUGGUUGACGGGAAAUACUGAGCUGCAAGAAUGUGAAGUAGAAGACAGCACUAAACCAACAACGAAAGACGGCAAAGAAGCAGACCACCGAAAACUAGCCGCCACAGCAAGUCACCAGGUUCAAAAAGAUCGCAAGAACAAAAAUGACUACAGCAAGAGUAAUGAUACGAUCAACAUGGAUUCUGCUUCUAGCGCUCUCGCAAACCUCGAAGCGAGGUUUAACAACCCUCAACAAAGUGGUCAGCUAAACUUCCUGCCAAAGGGAAAGCAUUCACACAUCAAAGGAGAUUUGGCAGAAAAGAUUGCAGCAGACAGCAAAAUACCAGCAACGUCAAGCUUCAAAGGAACAAGCCACGACAGUUCUACUUUUGCUGCUCUUUCUUCUGUGGAAGAUCGGCUGAACAACCCAGGACUUUCAUUCUUUCCCUCAAAAUCAUCUGGACAACACUCAAGUGGUAUCAUUCCACCCACAGAACAAGGAUCAAUGCCUAUCUCAUUCUCAACCAUUGAAGCCAACACGGGUGCUACUUAA